UAUAAUAAUCCCCUUAAAGAAAAGGAAAAGGAAAAGGAAAUCAAUCUUUCUUUUUGGAAAUUGGAAAAGCAUCGUCUAUAAAUUACUUAUACCAAGCGCUCUUGCUUCUACAAUAAGUCUUUUAGGGUUUUAGUGGAUCUCAAUCAAAAUCAGAGAGAGAUCGUUCACGAGUUUUGUUAUAUCGUCCACUGAGUUGCUCCCAAAUCUCUAUUCGUUUUUUUCCUUUUCCGAUCUCUGUGUUAUCCUCUGGAUUUAUAUCUGAAGAGAAGAUGGAAGAAGCUAGAAGAGCCACGGAGAUUGCUGUGAGGAAACUCUCGGAGAAUGAUUACGAUGGGGCGAAGAAAUUUGUUAUCAAGGCUCAGCGUUUGUAUCCAAAUCUCGAUGGUUUGAAGCAAGUGUCGAUGAUGAUCGGUGUUUAUAAAUCUGCGUCAAACGGAGGAGAAGAAUCUGAUUGGUACAAGAUUCUCGGUGUCGAUCCUUUAGCGGAUGAUGAAGCAGUGAAGAAAACUUACAGGCAGUUAGCUCUUUUGCUGCAUCCGGACAAGAACAAGUUUGAUGGAGCGGAAGGUGCCUUUAAACUGGUUUUAGAAGCUUGGUCUUUGUUGUCUGAUGAGGUUAAGAGAGCUUCUUAUGAUCAAAGAAGGAAGUCGAACAAAGCAAAGAUUCAGAUGCAGAAAUCAACAAACCAACAAGGUGGUGUGCAUACGAGGAAGGAAGCAAGAAGUACUGAGUAUGCGUUUCCCGCGGAUGCAUCAAAACAGAGGGAACCUGUUAUGUUUUGGUCAAUGUGCACAGAAGAUGCAAGACAGAAUGGCAAUGUCCGAGGGAUUCUAAUCUUAACAAGGCAAAAGUUUGUCCAAAUUGUAGACAACCUUUCAUUGAAACCGUGAAAACUCCAAACAAAAGAAGAACCAAUAAAGCUUCUCAACAGCAACAAAAAUGCAGCGGUGUCCAAAAUAAAGCACCUGACAAAAGAACCAACAAAGCUUCUGAACAGAAACAACAAUGGAGUAGUGUCCAAAAUAAAGAACCAGACCAAAGCACCGAAAAAGCAUCUAAUUCUUCUGAGAGAAGUUCUUGGCCAUCUGUUAGUUUUACCUUGAAGUGUUCAUCAAUUUCAUCGAAGGCAAGGUCUAAUUGUGGAUGUCUUGCGAAUCGACAACCGAAAAGAAGACUUGAGGAGUUUGCUGCAGAGAAGAUUCCUAAGAAGGCGAGGACAUGUGAUGUGAGCUAAGAAGUAAGUAAGACUUAUCACAUGAUUGAUUCACAUUUUAGAAGUUACAGAUUCCUGCUUUUAUACCUUUCAUAUGGUUUGUUUAGGAUGUUGUUUAACCUCUUUGCAACUUUAGACUGAUAAUGUAGAGUGGAACAAGAGCAAGUUCUCCUUUCAUUGCCAAUGUGUUUCUAGUCUCCUAACUUGCUUAAAAACAUUAUGUCUUCU